UAAAAGAAACAAUAGUUGAUUUUACUUCGAGGUUGAUCUUGCAUUUUUUUGUAAUGUAGAAAGUUUUUUUUGUUUUGGCAAUUUUCCCUUAAAUAAAUUAUCUAAACUACUAACUUUUGGCAGAAGAUAUUUGUAAACCUAUACAAUUAUAAAUUUCCUGUUCUGAUUUUGUUCCCUCGUAAUUAUUAACUUAUCACGGGCAUAAUCGUCCUCGUUGGUUAUCAAAUUAGGGUUUCAUCUUCAACUAGUUUGCUUACAACACAAGCCAACCAUGUCCAAAGCCAAUAAGCGACGUUCAAAAUCGAGGAAACGAGGAGAAAAUCCAGAUUCCAUCCCAACUGAUCUCAUUAUCGAGAUAUUCUCAAGAUUGCGAACAAAGUCAAUCGUGAGGUUUCGUUGCGUGUCGAAGCUAUGGCGGUCCAUGCUUCACUGUCCAUAUUUCACCGAGUUGUUCUUGACCAGGUCUUUAGCUCGUUCACGUCUCUUAUUUGGUGUCGAAGGAUUCGGUGAGUGGCUCUUCUACUCGUUGCCUCAGCCUCAGCAUCCAUAUGAGAAGUCUCUUGUAGUAACCGCUGAUUUUCAUACGAAGUUCCGUGUAAAGAUAAAUGGAGAGGGUAUGAGCUAUGCCUCUGGUUUGAUCUAUUUCCCUAAUACGCUAUGUAACCCUAUCACGGGACAGUAUGCGAUCUUACCUAAACUCAUAAGGUAUAGAAUGGUGAAUAGCUUUUUAGGGUUUGAUCCGGUUGACAAACAAUUCAAGGUAUUGUGUGAGGCUUAUCCAUUUAGUCAUGGAAGCGGUCAUCAUAAAAUUUUGACAUUAGGAACUGAAAAACUUAGGUGGAAGAGGAAGAACCAUUUUCUCUCAUACAUAAAUUCUUUUUAUGUAGAGGACGUAUGCAUCAAUGGGGUUUUGUAUUACUUGGCUGAAAAAGCUGUUGGAUCGGAGUUUAUAGUUUGCUUCGAUGUUAGGUCUGAGAAAUUCAAGUUUAUUGAAGCAGAAUGCAUAUCCCUUUUUGACAAAUUGAUAAACUAUAAGGGUAAAUUAGGUGGGAUUGAGUUGAUUUGUGAUGUUCAUGGUGCUAUCGUUGAGAUUGGUAUGUGGAUUCUAGAGGAUAUGAAGAUACAAAUAUGGUCAAAAUAUGUCUACACUUUGCCGCCGAAUAAUAUCGUUGAUCACUCCUGUUUCUCCGUUGCUGGAGUUACUGCUACAGGUGAAAUUGUUUUGACCAAGGACUAUACAUUUACAUCUAAACCUUUUUAUGUUUUCUACUUCAAUAUCGAAAGGAACACUCUCCGAAAAGUUGAAAUCCAAGGAUUCGAAGCGCUUGAUAAUCGUGGUAAAGUGUUAGCUAGCCUUUGUAGACUAUGUAGAGGAUCUUAAUGUUAACGAUGCAAUAGAGAAACUUAAGUCAAGCAUCUCUGCUCAAUCUGUGAAGAACAAGUGCAGCCUAAAUAUCAUUACGGAAAGGCCAAAACAAAAAAAACAGCGGGAAGAAGAAAGGUAUAGGGACAGGAAUGGUAGCAUUAAGGAAAAGAAACACAUAGAGGGGAAGAAGUGAAAAAAACAGUAGGGAAGAUGAAGACGGAAGAAAAAAGAUGAAACCGCAAAGAGAUACAGAUGAUCAUUGGAGUGAUAACGAGUGUAAUAAGAGGAGAAAAGAGAGAGACAAUGAAAAAAGGGAUAUGUGAAAGCAUUUGUGCUCUUUUUUUGAGCAUGUUGUACAUGUAGGUGGGAGUGUGCGU